AUGGCAAACCAAGAAGCCAAAACGUACGCGUAUAUCACGCAAGACAUCGAAAGAAUAUUGCUGCCGGCAUGGAAUCCGACAAGCGAACAGGAAAUACCAUUGAUUCUAAAAAUUUUUGGGAAACAGAUUCAGUUAAACUUGCAAAGCAACGAUCAGAUAGUAUCGUCCUUGUUUAAAACAUGGAAAUAUGACGCAAAAGAAAUCACAGGACUAUCGCAAUUAAACGCAUCGGAUUCUUGCUAUUAUUUUCAUAAAGAUCAUAUCAGCACUGCGACUAUAAACUUCUGUCAGAAACAUGGAUGGGAAGGAUUCGUUUUUCUGAAAGACGACACAUUGGAAAUUAGACCUUUGCGAGAUGACUAUGCGUCUUUGUCCUUAACCGACGAUCUUUGCGUUAAAAAAGAGAUGAAUACUUCAUUUGGCAAACCUCAUUUAAUUAAAAGAUCUGUACAAUUAUCUGCUGAUUCAAUUUUUCAUAUCAAUUUGGAUAAUUUUAAACUGAAUCGACGUCAUGUAAAAAAUACGGAAAAAAAAUUAACUAUAGAAUUGGCUGUGUUUUUCGACGAAGCCGCAUAUCGUACGUUCACGCUUUUUCUGGGCAAAAAUAAGAGUACGUUGCGCAUGUUAAUAUUAGCGUAUGUGAAUAAUAUCCAAGCUAUGUUCCGUCAUCCUAGUUUGGGUGUUUCUAUCGACAUUUUGUUAGUAUAUUUGGAAAUUCUGGAUAAACAACCAUUGAAUUUACCAGUUUUUGGCGGCGACGCUAAGAAAUUGCUAGAUUCGUUUUGCAAGUACGCGGAAAGUGUCAACCCUCCGGACGAUAAUGAUCCCCAUCAUUGGGACGUGGGUCUUUACCUAACUGGAAUAAACAUUUAUUUGGAGAAUAAUUAUGUCAUAGGAAGAAGCAGAACCUAUGGUGCGUGCACUCUAAAUACGUCGUGCGCGAUAGUAGAAUUCGGUAUUGCAAAUGAACUAACAUCGGGUUUUGCAUCAACUGUCGUUGCUGCUCAUGAGAUCGGCCAUGUUUUAGGAAUGCGACACGAUUCAAUGCCGUGUGAUAUACACGAAUACAUAAUGUCACCUUUCAAGCUCAAACGAGGACAAAUAACAUGGUCUGAGUGCAGCCGUGGUGUAGCUGAAAAUCUUUGGCAUAGAAAAAAGUGCCUUCGAGAUCGUACGAGACCGGCAAAUCUUGGAGACGCAUAUGAUCAUUCGUGUUAUGACGAUUUACCCGGAAGAGAAUGGACUGCCAAAGCACAAUGCGAAAUAUUUUUUCACGACGAAGAUGCGAACGUGGUCUCGUUGCUUGAUAUUUGCAAAACCUUAGAAUGUGAAUCGCCUCACUAUAAUUUGCAUUCCUUUACGGGACCGGCGUUAGAAGGAACUUAUUGCGCUCCCGGAAAGGAAUGUCGCGCCGGAGAAUGCAUUCCCGUUAUCGAACCGCCAUAUAUUUUUAAAGAUUGUGAAGAGGAUAAGUGGAGUGAAUGGAAAGAAAGCACCUGUCAAAGUAGUUGCUUGAAGGGAUCUAAAGGUUUAAGAAUUAAACGACGUUCUUGCAGACAUAGAAGUCUCAGAUCGGCGAGCUGCGAAGGACCAUAUUACGACAUGGUUCUGUGCGAUGAUUCUUUACUUUGUACUGAGAAACGCGAGAGCAUCAAGUCAUUUGCUACAAUAAAAUGCACGCAAUAUAGCAUUCAGGCAAAAUUUUACAAUUUAUCACUUAAAAUAGAAAGAGCGCCGGGAUUGCAGCCCUCUUAUAAUGCCGAGAAACCGUGGAUAGCUUGUACUGUAUACUGCCGAUGCACAGUUACAUUUUCUACAUUAUACGAACAUUGCACACCAGGCUUGGGAAAGUUCAGUUUUGAUAUUGACCCAUACUUUCCAGAUGGGACGUGGUGUCAUAAUAAAGAUGGCCAGGAUUAUUACUGCCGCCAACAUUAUUGUCUACCGGAAAGAUACUCUUAAGUAUUUUUGUGAAAUUUUUGACAUGUCAAACCUUGCUUCAUGGAACAAAUAAACAAAGAAUUAUGUCAAAUUAUCAGCA